GCUCCCCGGGUUGCGGGAAGGCCUUUCCGCUUUCCGCGUCGCCGCUCCCGCGCGCCAUGGCGGCUGAGGGGCGCGGGGCUGCCGGCGGUGACGUGGUUGCCAUGGCGACGGCCGGGCAGCGUCUCGCGCGGGGGUGGGAGCGGGGGGAUGACAACAAACAUGGCGGAGAGGAGCAGGACGGCGGAGACGGCGGGCGGUGCCCUGGGGAGUGACGAUGUCAUAGCGGGGAACGUGAGCAAGUGCACUGUUGUGCCGGCGGGAUACUGUGGACAGCCCAGGAAAGGACACCUCGUGUUUGACGCCUGCUUUGAAAGCGGUAACCUUGGCCGGGUGGACCACGUCACGGAGUUUGAGUAUGACCUGUUCAUUAGACCAGAUACUUGUAACCCCCGCUUUCGAGUCUGGUUCAACUUCACUGUUGAAAAUGUCAAGGAAUCCCAGAGAGUAAUUUUCAAUGUUGUCAACUUCAGCAAAACAAAGAGCCUCUAUAGAGAUGGGAUGGCUCCAAUGGUGAAAUCCACUAGCAGACCAAAGUGGCAAAGAAUACCCUCUAAAAACGUGUAUUACUACCGCUGCCCAGACCACAGGAAGAACUACGUCAUGUCCUUUGCUUUUUGCUUUGAUCGCGAGGCCGACACCUAUCAAUUCGCCUACUGCUACCCCUACACUUACACUCGGCUCCAGCACUAUCUGGACAGCCUGCAGAGGAGGAGCAUGGGCUACUUCUGCAGAGAGCUGCUGGCACUCAGCGUGCAGAAGCGGCGGCUUGACCUGCUGACGAUAACCAGCCCCGAGAACCUGUGUCCAGGGGCUGAACAGAAAGUGGUGUUCAUCACUGCCCGAGUCCACCCCGGGGAAACACCGUCUUCCUUCGUGUGCCAAGGUAUAAUUGAUUUCCUUGUGAGUCAACAUCCUAUUGCGAAAGUACUGAGAGACAACCUGGUCUUCAAGAUCGCACCCAUGCUCAAUCCCGAUGGAGUAUACCUGGGAAAUUACAGGUGCUCCCUGAUGGGGUUUGAUUUAAACCGGCACUGGGCAAAUCCAUCUCCUUGGGCUCAUCCCACACUGCACGGAGUGAAGCAGCUCAUCAUCGAGAUGUACAACAACCCGAAGAUUAACCUGGAGUUCUAUAUUGACAUCCAUGCCCACUCCACCAUGAUGAACGGCUUCAUGUAUGGGAACAUCUUCGAAGAUGAGGAAAGAUUUCAGCGACAGGCUGUUUUUCCCAAGCUGCUCUGUCAGAAUGCUGAAGAUUUUUCUUAUUCCAGCACGUCGUUCAACAGAGAUGCGGUGAAAGCAGGGACAGGCCGGCGCUUUCUUGGUGGGCUAUUAAAUGAUACGUCCUACUGCUACACCCUGGAAGUCUCAUUCUACAGCUACAUAUUGGGUGGAACUACUUCUACCGUCCCCUACACAGAAGAAGCAUAUAUGAAGCUUGGAAGAAAUGUGGCCAGGACGUUCUUGGAUUACUACAGGCUGAACUCCUUGGUGGAGAGACCACUGACAUCUACUCCUAAAACUCGGAAGGAAAACCUGCAGCUUUUUAAAGGCACUGCCCAGCGCAGCCAAGGGAGCAGCCCCGGUGAUGGAAAGCCGGAGAAGAGGGGCCAGGCGCGUCCCACGCGAUGAGGACAGCGCUGCUCUGCGGGGCCAGGUGGAGAGCACACCCGGCUCCGGAAUCCAUUGCGGUUUCUUUUUUUUCCAGACAAGUAUUUCUAAGAUAACAAAUAGCCCGAGAGGGAAGGAGCGAGAGGGAAAUUAUCUAGAAAUUUUACUAUUGAUUCUUUUUUAUUUAUAGAUGGUAAAUCCAUUUCAGAGGGGUUUUUUUUUCCUUUUUUUUUUUUCUCCUCAUCUCUGGAAAAAAGAGAGUGACCCAAUAGAUUUGCAGAAAUCAUUUGCAGUGGCUGCAAAGCUAUUUGUUAAAAUGAGAAAGCCUCCCCUUCCUCCGCCAGCCUCGCUGUCUCUUUCAAGAGGUAAUCCAUACCGUGAGCUAACGAGGGAGUCCUGGCUCCCCUCCUGCUCCAUGUGAUGUCUCCCCUUUUAGUCUCAGGCUCAGAAGCUCUAAUGCCAAUUGCAUGUGCUAGCCCUGUUAGCUCGCAUUAAGAGAGCCUGACAAAUAGCUUCUGGGAGGCAGGCGGGUGCUCCUCAGUGCGCCGUUUGUCAUCCGCUGCAUGGGUAGGGUUUUUUUUGCUCUUCUAUCAGAUCAUUUGUGGAACGGGGUCAUAUGAGAGAUGUUACUGUCAGGCUGCAGGCAUGAAUCGUGCUGCAAGGCCUGUCUAACAGGCAGGAACCAUGGUCCUCCAGCAAAAACUGGUUGGGAGUCUCAAAAGACUGGAUACCCCAACAGAUGUGUGGCUGAGGCAGAGUGAGCGGGGUAGUGCUGAACGGGAUGAACACACAGUGUUGGGACACUACAGUAAGAAAUCCCAUGUUCCGUGCUUCUGAGAUUACUUUGUUUUUCUGGCUGCUGAAAACUUCCUGGUUGCUUAAUCAAGGCACAUUGUGCCUUACCGUGAUAUUUCCGCUUUCUGUUUCACUCUGACUUUGAGACCAAUCCCAGAAUUUCACUGUGUAAAACCUCACCGCCUUCCCAUUACAUGGACAGCACGUGAAAUCUCUGCUCAAAGCCACCGUCACUAGGCAGUCUUGUCUCCUCCUACUUCCCAAUAGCCUUGGGAAGCAGCUUCUCUUCAUUGUCUUCUGCUAGGAGUUGGUGGCUUGGAGGAGAGAAGGUGCCAAGACCCAGUGGACAGAAAGGACAAACCAGACUGUGGGUGAAGAAGGACAUGUGAAACAAGACUGAAUGAGGUCUCGGUGUGGGGUGGCCCUGAAGCAGUAGUAGCCACAGACGCUCCAUUCUCUAGUAAAAGAGCUGGGUUGGUUGCCCCUCUCCUCUUUCCCAGGAUUUGAGCACCGCGGUCUAGGAACAGAGUCAGACUCAGCUGGGUCCUCGAGCUGGCCUGAGUGUGAGGAGAACUCAUCCUGGGGAUCAAUGAACAGGUAUAAGAAAAACUGAGAAUUACAGGGUAAAACAGAUCUCCCGGCUAACUUACAUUUCCUAUCUCUUGUGAAAGUACUCCCUGAUCCUCCAGCAGCGGAGACCUUGCUGCAAGGCCUGAGCGUGACCAGCACCAAACCAAGGCGUGAUCCUAGGAGGAGCUGAAAGCAGCUUGGGUCGCAUUUACGCAGCCAGGAAGCCAGCAGGCCCACCCAGGGGUUCCCAUAUCUAUCUCUCAAUGGACGGACAUCCAUUCAAGACAUUCCAUGCCAGUGAACACAAAGCAAAGCAGGGUCAAGGCGGGGGUCUGUUCUGUGUUUAGGGGUCCGUGCACUUCUGGAGCCCCGUCACAACAGACCUCCUGGGAGGCACAUGGUUUCCAUCCACUCAGCAUUACUGCAGCCAGAAAGAGCAAGCGGGUACAAGUCAGGACAAAAAUGUGGCUUUGCAUGCCUCUGAAAAGGGACAAGCUACUCCGGAUCUGACAAAACUCGAGCUGAUUGUGUCUGUGUGUUAGACACCCACUAGCUAGGUUUUCAUUAGUUAGAUACCCUCUGUCUGACCAGGAGAACUUGGCUGAAAACAAGAAAGAGAUAACCCACUGGAAGGAAAACGGUGUAAAACACCAAGCAAACCUGAUAUUGUCAGUAUCUCAAGGUGAGGGGGUUAAACUGUGCAUGUUUUUAGGGGGAACAGAAUGACGUCGCAUGAUGAAUUCCAAGGCAUCCAAAAGGCGCAGUGCUGGCCCUCUGUCUGCAAAAGCAGAGUAAUGAACAGCAGUGACAGUGUGAUAAUUAAAAUGAUCUCUUUGAGAUAUGGAUUAGAAGGUAUGCAAAGGGGGGAUAAGUUCUCCUUUGAAUUAAUCUAGUGUUAAUUUAUUACUAUGGUUGGGUUUUAUAGGGUUUUUAGUGAAAGACUUUCGAAGUUGGUUUACUGAGGUGAUAACAUUCCUCCUGCAUAUUCAUUGGAAAAAUGCUUGCAGAAUUCCUCAUUAUUUCUUUUUGAAUGGUUCCAUAUAUACAUAUAUAUAAUGAAAGAGUUUCAGGUAUUUGCUUAGCUGCUAAAGAGUCUACUCUAGAAAUACGAAUAAAGCCAUAAAAGCA